AUGGCAGAGCUGAGCUUGCCCCUCUCCAGUCCCAAGUCCCAUCCCAGCAACACCACCACAACCAAGAGGAAGCGGCGCACCCCUGCCAAGCUCCCCACCUCCAAGGCCGAUACCGCCCAGCGCAACGCGAUCGCGGAAUGGAACCGCGUCUCGCGCCAGAUCGCAGCAGCCGAAGCGGCGCAUUUGCGAGAGUUGAGACUCCGCGCGGAAAUUGGGCAACGCUGCCGCGCCUCUCACGCGUAUCAGCUCGCCCACCCCUCCGUUAAGAACAGUAUGCGGGCUCGGAUCCGCGAGGCCAUCCUUCGCGAGAGGGAGGAGAGGAUGGCCCUGAUGCGGGCGAGGCGGGCUGCGAACAGGGCUGGGGUCAAGUUUGAAGAUGAGGUUGGGAUGGAGGUGGACUCUACGGAGGAUGGGGAGGGCGAGGAGAGUGAGGGUAGGGGCAGUGAGGGCACUGAGGAGGAGGGUACGGGGGACGAGAGGAGGGAGGAGAACAAGGGCACAGUGUACAUGCAGCUGAGGAGAUGGGCUGAACGCAAGACGCGACAGAAGGACGCCAUGCUCACGUUUCAAGAGGUGAACCGGCGACACUUGUCGCCACAGGCCGCGCGGCGUCUCUCGGAUGCCGGGUCCGCUAUCCUCUCUAGCCCUCCCCCUUCUCCUCCUGGGCGUUUCUCCACUGAUGGGGCGCCUCCUGUCUCCUCCCCGCCAUCCUCUCUUUCCAUGUGCCAAUCCCCACCGCGCUCUAUCUGCUCCAGCUCGACUUCCUCUCGGACGUCAAUUGAUGAUGAGCCGAUCCACACCCCCGUCAGCAUAGCGCCUGGCGUGUUCGUCGAGUGGAACCCGACCGCCGCGCAGCUCGUGCUCUCCCACCCAGAGGCGGCGCAGGAGAGCUGUCUCCGCCACACCCCUCUUGGCACCCUCACUCCCAGCGAGCUCAGCACCAUCGAGGCGCUGUGCGCUCUGCCCCUGAAGCCUGCCUAA